UUGAGGUUGAGGAGAACAUCAACAUGACUCUAACAAGUCGUGCUCUAUGGCACUUCAGUCGGAGACUGAUGCCUUGUAGCAGUGCCACAGUGAGAGGUAUGUGUGACCGUUCAGAUUUUGCCUCAACAAAAAUGAAGUCUAUGUUUGCUAUGGCUGAGGAAAAGAUCAUCAUUUCCAGUUUCAGCAACCUUGGAUUUAAGAUCAGCCCAGGUAUCCAAGUGGUUGGACCUAUCACAGUUUUUCCUAACACUGUGCUCCACUGGAAUGUGAAGUCAGCCAAACACAUAGAUAAACACAGUCUUUCACUAUUUUAUAUGCUGGAACCUAAACUGGACAUGUUAGUAAUUGGAAAGGGUAUGGCAACGGACAAGGUAAACCCUGAUAUCCAGAUUUAUAUGAAAAAAAAGGGCAUCAAUGUAGAAAUUUUACCAACAGAGGAGGCCUGUGGUCUCUUUAACAUGUUAAGUGCAGAAGAUAGACAUGUCGCAGCAGCACUCAUCCCUCCUGAAAAGAUUCCUUUUGAUAGUGACAAGGUUUCUUUGUGAUAGAUCAGGAAAAAGUAAAUCUGGUCAACAGCGUUGAAAUUUGUGCAUGGUGUAUGUGUGUGACGAUUAUGUAGUUUCAGUAUAUUAAAGUGACAUUGUGGUAGCAGACCAGUGUGAACUCGUUAGAAGAAACUGAUGUGGAGAAUGACUGGAACAAGAUCUAACAAUGAAUAUGAUUGCAAGUGUGAUGUGAAACAUUUUUAUGUUAGUUUUCAUUUCAUUUUUACCAGUGAAGUUUAGAAAUUUAUCAAUUUAUGAAAGCUUUUCAUGUCAUGAUAAAACUUUCAUACUAUUGACCAACCAUAUUGGUGCUUUCUAGUCUCUUCAUUGAAAUUUUCAGAUUUUCCUGUUUUUAUGCAAAUGAAGUGAAGUGUAAGUCAAAGAAAUUUCCAUCAAAUAAUUCCUGUGUACAUUUCUUGUUUUCUCCAAUUUAGUAUAUAAUAAUGGUUUUGAAUAUGAUUUGCACUAGAUAACAGCAUAAAAUGGUUGAAUAAAUGGAAAGCAGCCUAUUGAAAAUGG